AUGCGCUUGCUUUCGUGGCGUAAAGCCAAACACUUAACUGGUCCCAAAUGUCGAAUCUGUUAUUCAUCAACAGAUAACAGAAUUCCCAGCCAGAAUAUUCACAUAACUCGAAAAGAAUUAUCUAAAUUGCUACACCAACGCCCACCUAAAUCCCAACUAAAGCAAAUACAUGCUCAAAUACUCGCACAAUCCUUCUCAUCAACUGCUUCUUUUGUUAAUUCUCUCAUUCACUGUUACCUGCACAUUAAGGAGUUCACCUCAGCAAGACUUUUGUUCUUUCACUAUCCUCUGCCUUCACCCCCCAUUCUAAUAUGGAAUCUGAUUAUCAGAACCUAUUGCAAACUCCAAAAUUCUUCAGAAAGUUUCAGUCUUUUUCGCCAACUGUUGAAUUUAGAUCCCCUGAUUCGGGUUCAUCCAGAUGAGUAUACUUUCACUUUCAUUGUUACAUCAUGUGCCCACCAACGAUCAAUUGUACACGGAAAAAUUGUUCACGGGUUAGUGGUGAAAAAUGGGCUGGAAUCAAACUUAUAUGUGGGUAAUUCAUUGAUUAAUAUGUAUGCGGUUUUCAAGAUUACAGACGAUGCUUACAAAGUUUUUGAUAAAAUGACUGAAAGAGAUGUGUUCUCUUGGACUAGUUUGGUAUGUGGGUAUGCAAAUAAUGAUGAGAUGGAUCAAGCUUGUGAAAUCUUUUAUAAAAUGCCACUGCGAAAUGAUGUCUCUUGGGCUGUUAUCAUAUCGGGGUUUGCUGGAUACAGAAGGUAUAUGGAGGUACUUACAUAUUUGAAUGAAAUGCUUUUUGCCGUUGAGGAUAAGGUAAGGCCUAAUGAGGCUGUUCUUGUUUGUGCUCUAUCUGCUUGUGCUAAUCUUGGGGCCUUAGAACAGGGAAACUGGAUUCAUUCUUAUAUUAUGAGGAAUGAAGUUCCCAAUAGUUCAAAUAUUUCUACUGCUCUUAUUGACAUGUAUGCAAAAUGUGGGAGAAUAGACUGUGCAAGAUUGAUUUUCAAUAGAAUUCCAAGACCUGAUGUACACAAUUUCACAAGUAUGAUAUCGGGGUUAUCAUAUCACGGGCUUGGUGAGGAUUCCUUAACUGUGUUUAACAGGAUGUUGGAUGAAAAUGUUAAUCCAAAUGAAGUGACUAUUAUAGGAGUGCUUAACGCCUGUAGCCAUUCAGGUCUGGUAGAAGAGGGUUCUUCAAUUUUCUAUAACAUGGAGACCUUAUGGGGACUUAAGCCUCAGAUUGAACACUAUGGCUGUUAUGUUGAUUUACUUGGCCGUGCUGGAUACUUGGAAAAGGCACUUGAAGUUGUCAAGAGCAUGCAGGUAAAACCUGAUAUAGUUAUAUGGAGGGCUUUGCUCAGUGCCUGUAGAAUUCAUCGCAACAUUUUCCUCGGUUACAGCAUUAUAGAUUUUAUAAAGAAGCUUAACUAUGAUGGACCCAGUGGAAGUGAGGUACUGCUCUCUAAUCUGUAUGCAUCUCUAGGCAACUGGAACAAAGUUUCUGAAGUGAGGAAGGCAAUGGGUCAGAGAAAGACGCAUUUGGACAUUGGAUGUAGUUGGAUCGAGGUGAAUGGUGUUGUUCACGAGUUUCGUGUUGCUGAUAAGUUACACCCACAGAUUUUAAAAGUUCUGAACAAAUUAAACGAACUAUGGAUAGUGCUCUCCUAG